AGCAAAUUUCUGUAACUUCCCAGUUCACAUAAGUGACAACUUCGUAAGGUGCCUGAUCGCCACCCAAGGCCUUCAGUGCAGAGAAUUAUGCUUCUUCUAAAAAUUGGAGAUUUCCUAUUAAUGAAUCAGAACAUGACGUAGAUUCGAUCUCCUCCUCCAAAGCAACAUGCAGGUCUAUGAGCUCAUGACGUCCUAUCCAUGCCGCGUCAGUUCCAAAUCAUGGAAAAGUGGGAAGUUGAAAAUCCAAGCUCCAGCAGGACCUGUUUUGAACUCCUGCAAGGUAGGGAAAGGUUCUCAAGUACAAGGUAGAGGUGGUCGGUGCAGUAUACAUCGGGAUUGGGAACUCAAAGGAAGAGGGAGUGUGAGGGAUGGAGGGACACAGUACUAGAAGGAGACAUGGCUGACCUUCAGUAUUCAGAGCCCGCGCUGGGAUAUAGACAGACAAGACAGUAGGUGGGGAGAAGCCCAAGGAGGUGCAAUGGGACGAGGACGGAGGACGAGGACAGGCAUGGGGCGAUCAGGUAAGAGUAUUUUAAUCGGUCCGCUGGUAACUUUUGAACCCGAAUGGCCCGCGCUCUGGCAGCAGGAGGAAAGAAAGAUUUGAUUGAAGAACUGCGAGGGAGCUGGUGAGUGAGAGAAGAUCAGGUGAAAAGCUCAGAUGAAGCCAGUGGGCUAUUGUACACGUCGACGUCAUUACCUUUCGUCCUGCAGCAGAGGGGCAGCCAAGACGAGAAGCAGAGGAAGCAGAAUUGGAGGUUGGUUGGUUGGAGAGAGGAAGAAGGAGGGCAGGGCAGGGAGCAGGGAGAACAGAGUUUAAGCUGGUACAGGUUAAGGAACCAGUCAAAUACGAGUGAAGUUACGAAGGCUGGAGAGGAGAACCAGUUCCCAGCUCAGAGGAGUGUGUUUUAAGCGAGGAGGAAGAGGGAGAGAGGACUAGUUAUAAGAGUGGAGGUGGAAGUUGUCGAGCAGCAAAGAUCCACUCAGGGUUAUCCAAUUUCUUUUCACUGCAAAGACGGACUAACAACAACCCACACUGACCAGACAAGCUUAUCAGCAGCCCUAGCAAUUCUCUAUAAGUAGAUUUCACGCGCCACUCACUCUCUCUCUACAGCCUGUAGCUGGCAUCUAGCUGCGUGGACAACCACCUACAGGUUCUCAGCUCGGGCUUCUGUCGAAUUCUGCCUGCUGCUACUUCAGAGCAAUUCAAAUCCACUCACAUCCUCAGCCUGUUUGGGAGAUAGGAGAGUAGCAUUGGAGCAUUGCUCUCGGACGAAAGCUGUUGUUGUCACAAGUCGAAGGGAGCAAGUUUGAAGGAGAUUUUGUCAGCAGUCGCGCUCAGUCGUGUGUGAUCUCUGAGUUAUGCCGUCUCGUCCUGUGCCACUGGAUUUUGACACGGGAACCACCUGCGUUCUUGCCUGGGGCGCUGGAGAAGAUGGGCAGCUGGGGUUGAGAGAUUUGAAGGACAAACAUGUGGUGACUGUUGUGGACGCGCUUUCAGCGGUGACCAUUGAAGGCGUGGUUGCCGGAAGCAGAAACUCCAUGGCAUUUUCUGAUGAAGGCCAGCUUUACACAUGGGGUUGGAACCAGCGGGGAACUCUCGGUCACCCUCCCGACAAGAAGACAGAGAGCUGUCCGAGCCAGGUGAAGGCCCUGAAUGGGGUGAGGAUUGUACAGGCGGCUACUGGAGGAUGGCAUUGCUUAGCUGUGGAUGAAGAAGGACGUGCCUACGCUUGGGGCGGAAAUGAGUAUGGCCAGUGUGCAGAGGAAGCAGAUGGAAAGACAAUGAAACGGGAUAUUACCAUUCCACAACGCUGUGCUCCUCAUUUGCGUGUGCGACAGGUUGCUGCUGGAGGGACUCAUUCUGUUGUGCUAACACAAGACGGUCAUGUUUGGAGUUGGGGUCAGCCCUGGCCUCCUGGUGACAUCAAGCAGAUCGCAACUCCCGUAAGAGUUCAAGGCCUUGAGAAGGUUAAGGUUAUAGCCGUUGGUGCAUUCCAUAACUUGGCUCUUUUAGAGUCAGGAGAGUUAUGGGCCUGGGGGAACAAUGAGUAUGGGCAGCUCGGAACAGGAGAUACUCAGCCACGUGCUCAACCAGUACAAGUGAAGGGACUUGACGGACUGGAAUUGGUUGACAUCGCUGCUGGUGGGUGGCACUCAAUGGCUUUGACAGCAAAAGGAGAGGUCUAUGGAUGGGGCAGGGGUGAACAUGGUCGUUUGGGUUUCGGUGACGACAAGAGCAGUAAGAUGGUGCCAGCGCAAGUUAACCUUUUGGAGGACGAAUUCAUCAUUCAGAUAUCGUGCGGUGGCACACACUCGGUGGCUCUAACAAAGGACGGUCGCAUGUUUUCGUUUGGAAGAGGUGAUCACGGUCGCCUUGGCGACGGCCGGCAAGUGACUACUGGUCACCCAUUGGAAGUACCAAUCGAUAUCUCGCGUUCAGGAAAGCCGAUCAGAAGAAGUCGAGAUGAUUCGGAUGAUGAUGAUGAAGAAGAAGAAGAAGAAGAAGAAGAAGAAGAAGAAUCUGGAACAUCGUCGGAGUCGGCUGAUGGUUGCUGGCGUAUCAAAGCUGUAGCUUGUGGCGGUCAGCACACCAUGGCUAUUGCAGUCUGGGAUGGAACACCAGAAGAGGAAUAAAUUGUGUAUUACUAUCUGCGAGCUAGAUUCGACAGUGAGGGAUGCACCCAAAGUAUCGAACUAUCAACCACACCUUACUCAGCCAGCAAUUGCGUUGGGACCUUCAUAUGGGGAGAUUGUACCAGUGGAUGUGUUGAGUUUGCACAGUGUGUACAAUAGCAUUUGUCCACACUAUUCGGGGUUGAACAAAUUUUGACGAGGAUUGAAUAUAUGUAUAUUGCUAUCAUUUCGAAGUACUUCGAGAACGCCUUUGUGGGAACCUCUUUACAGAUACGACCUGAUUCCAGGUGAAAUUUGUAGAAGUGUUUCAUCUGUUGUAAUCUGGGUUCGAAGGUUGUCCUUGAAACCUUCACUAAUACACCACUUUAAUGUACAUU